ACUAACUAGCUACGACUUUAACAACUGAAAAUAUCAUUUUAUCAGAUAGAUGAAUCCAUUUUCUACAAUCUGACUUAUUUUAAGAACGUCAUUACUUAUAAAAAAAAUGUGUAAACAAAGGUCUGCAUUUCGAUACAUUCAUGUCUAUCGAUGCACGCUUUGUUUUUGAACACUUGCCGCUUUUACUGUUGGUUUUUGUUUUCUUGAAAAAUGGCUGCAAAUCUUGCAAAUAUUUAUGCCGAAUUAAUGCGCAGGUAUGGGGAGGACUUUACCAUCACCUAUGGACCUCCGCCCACGUACCUGAGCAGCAUAGCUGGCGCCAGUGAGGUCGGCAAAAAGAUCGUGCUCGUUUUCAAGGAGGAUCGCAAUGCAGCGGCGGCCAAAAUCAAAACGACGCCGAAAAAAUUGCCCAAUAAAAUAGAGGGAACCUCCGAGCUGGAUCUGACAGGCAGUCCCUUGAAGGACGAUUGCAUUGUGGAUGUCAUUGCUGACCUAUCGCUGGAGCUGCAACUGGUGCAUUCGAGUCCGUGGAAGCUGGAGGAGGAGUUUCAGCGCGGUGUGUCCGUGGACAAGGCGCGCGCCAUCAUCUGCACCGAGCACUUUCAGCACGCCGAUGGCUUGGGGUCCGUCUGGUUUCUGUGCGAUGGCAGCGACCAUGGCCAGACCCAAUUGCUGCAGUACGAGUUCAACAAGACGCACUUCUCGCGCGGUAUACUCAGCUACCAGGGUGUGCUGCCCGCCUUUAUGGUCACUUCGCAGUCCCUGGUGCGUCAGCACUCGACAGCAGGCGGGGCGCCUAUGGAGACGGCCAUUGAGAACAGAUAUCAGGUCAAUCCCCACAUGACGCUGCGCUGCUCGUGGACGACGUCGGCUCCACAGCCCCUGCUGGUCAACCUGCGGGACUGCGAGGUGGCUCUCUCGCACAUAUUUCGCGUGGGCGAUUGCAGUCCUUUGACGCAGGACUUUAUGAACCAGCUGCGCAUCCUGGUCUACAUUCGCGAGGACAUCGUCAGCUACCACAAGGACGAGCAGCAGGGUCUUGGCCGGGACCCCACCUAUCGCUGUGGCCCCGGCAUCGAUAUGGACGAGCUGCGCGAGUCGAUUAACAAGACCAUGACGGAUGUGUCUGGCCUGAUGGAUCACUACAGCAGUGGCGCGGCCGAGUUCGACAUUGAGGAGGUGGUGCAUCGCGCCAAGGGCAGGCGGCUAACGGAUCUCACCGACAAGCUCUGGGAGCUGCUCAAAAGUUGUGGUUCCUACAAGGAUCUGAAGAUGGCCUUCAAUAUGCUCUUCCAGUGCGCCGCUCGCUCCAACAUUGUGAAUACGCCAACCAACAAGAACCGCCUGGCGGAGAUCAUCACAGAGCUGGCCAAUCGCCGCCUAGCCAUUCCCUGCCUGAGUGGCGCCGAGGCGCUGGAACUGCUGCUGGAAGUGGGCCUGGAGAAGGUGUAUAAAGACUACGAGUUUAUCUACACGGAGAGCAAGAUGUGCAGCACCAAUCUGCUGAAGGCAACCUUAGAGACGGCGGAUGGGUCGCCCCAGAACGUGCCGCAGCUCCGCAAAUCACUGCACAACGCCGUCCGAGGAGAUGCCACGCAAGGAGCAGCAGGCAUGCGUAAGACCCUGCUGCAUCUCGACGCGGACAGCCGGACGACGGGCGUCAAGUAUGGGGACGAGGAUGUGGCCGGCAUCAAAAACAGCCACUUUGAUGAGCACGAGAGCAUGGAGCGGAUCUCGAAGCUGUUCCAAAUCCACUGCACCAUGGAGCAUCUGCUGAUGAUACACAUUCACCUGAAUCUGCCCAAUGUCUAUAGCGAUGUGUGCUCUGAGCUUUUGAAGAAGACACCCAAGCUGGUGGAGGCCAUCGAUGACCAGCUUAGUGACGUGAUGGACAUCCACCUCGCGGCCCAUUACGUUCGCGAGCAUCUAGAUGCCAAGGAGCCCUACUCGCGGCAUAUCACAAUGAAGUCGCUGAACAAAUUCCGCGAACUGCAGACCACCUUCUACUUUAAUUCGGAGAAUAUUUGUCCGCCCGAGCUGGCUCAGUGCUUUCAGUGCGAUGAUAAAGAACUGGUCAAGGAACGUACCUACCAUGCCUGGCUUUAUCGCAAGAUUCGCACACUGAAAUGAGACAGACGCCUGCAAUAACACUCCCCUUUCCACUUCCUUUACCUCGGCUGUAACCCUCUGAGCAUUUUUUGUAAAUCGUAAAUUAUAUCCUAUAUGUAUACCGCUCGAUCCCUUCCGGACUCAAUUGUUUGCAGCUUGUAGUACACGCUGCUUUCAACGCUUUCCCCCACCCAAAAACCGAAAUCAUGUUAAGCGAACUCGUACAAGUUUUAAGCUGACCCAGAGGCUGCACUGCUGCACUGCUGCACUGCUGCAUUGCUGCAUUGACUGGCCCCAGAAAAUCUUGAAAACCAAAAUCCUCUUCCGCCCUUUUGGCUGGCCCUAUUCUCGUAUCCAUUUUGUUGGCCAUAUUCUAAACAAGCGACCAUCCAUCCAUCCAUAUCCAUCCAUCCAUUCACUAAAGUAAUGCAGCAAAUUAACCGAAAGCCUGCUGUGCCUGUGUGUAUGUGCUGGUGCUGUGCCCAAUGGCCAAAUGCAACG